GGCUCCUCCCGGCGUUGCGUGUUGGCUCUGUCCACAUGAUCACCGUAAAACGCAUGCGCCAAGUUGGGAGCAGACGCACUCGUUUCCUCGUUUCGCCUCUGCUGCAGUAGGAGCAGUAGGAGGACGGCGUUUUGUGGUUUUGUUACGGUUCGAGCGCGGGCAGCAUCCCCGAAGCCUAGCUGCGAUGCCUCGCAGAAGGGCCAUAGGCUCACGAUGUUGUGUUGCUGCCUGCUUGAACUAUCAGUCGACCAGCCCGGGAGUUGUUUUUCACAAGUUCCCUCGCGACAGUGCGCGUCUCAUUGUUUGGACAGACAUCGUGCGCCGUUGGAACUCCGAGAAGCCGUGGUCGCCAAAUAGCAGGACAUUGAUCUGUUCUGACCACUUUUUGCCCGAAUGCUACCAGCGAGAUCUGCGCUUGUUCUGCGACGCUGGGUUUUCAACCAAGUACGCGCGUCUGGAUCAAAACGCCGUGCCGUCGAUCCUCGAUCCUGGAUCCUCGCCUUCCGUAACAGCCGACGGACUGACGCCGGACGCCGUGUCGUCGUACCUCGUUCCUCGAUCCUCGCCUCCCCAAACAGCAGACGAAUCAUGCGUGAAGCGUCGUCGGACCGGGAGCGGUGACCACUGUAGCAGCAGCAGCAGCACAGUGUCGAAGAGCAGUAGCUUGCCAGUGGUCACUACAUGGGAUGACGACUCCAAAGCACCAACAUAUGAGUCAUCGCUGGAUGCACCAGUGGCUCAAGAAGAACCUGUUGGUCAGAACCAAGCCAGAACAGCGUGCCUUAGCCAAAGCGGGGACCAGGCUUCCACUUCUGGGCCAGGGUGCAACAGCAGCACCGCCGCUUUAUGCGACACCGUGCCAGCAACUACUGCAAUUGAUGGCCAUUUUGAACCGCACUUGGAGCCGCCCAUCUGCCACAUCUGUAUGUGUGUGGUAACGAGAGGUACACCGACACUGUCUGUGGACAAAGCUGUGCAAGCCUUCGAGGAGCUUUGUCAGACCUCGACUGAAAAUCCGGCACUGCCAACAUCUUGCGGUGCCACAGAAAUGUGCCGUGAAAGCGCAGGUUGA